UUGUAGCCGCUACGAUUAGCUUCGAAGCAGCUAGUCAGCCAUUGGCCGGUGUGAGACUGAGCAUCCUUCUAGAAAAAUACCACUGGAAGUAGAAGGUACAAGUAACACUUAGCUAAACAUUAUUAACGUUGAAUCCGACAAAGGAAAUCUCUUUGAAGACAAAGAGUAUAAAGAUGCCUUCAGCAAUGAUUGGCAACAAUGCUGUCCAGUGUACCACCCCAGAUCUGGGCAACGGAAGUCUCUCGGAGGCCAUGAAGCAGUUUCUUGGUGUGAUUGACAAGAAGGUCCGCAACAUGGAAAAGAAAAAGUCCAAACUGGAUGACUACCAGGCGAAGAAGGAUAAAGGAGAAAAUCUGAAUCACGAUCAGCUGGAGGCUUUGACUAAGUAUCAGGAGAUCCUCAACAAUCUUGAUUUUGCUCGAGAAUUGCAGAAGAGCUUCCUGGCACUGGGCCAAGAGGUUCAGAAGGUAGUAAAGAAGUCUGCAAGACGGGAACAGCUGCAGAGGGAGGAGUUGGAACAACGCAGACUAAGGACAGUUUUGGAGCUUCAGUUUUUACUGGACCAGCUGGGAGAUGACCGUAUCAGGCAGGACCUUAAAAAGCUUGAUGCCACUGGAUUUCCUUUGCUGACUGACUCAGACAUCACAUCCCUUGAUGAGUUUUACAAACUGGUGGGACCGGAAAGGAAUUAUGAUGUUAGGUUGACUGAACAAUAUGAAGAAGCUUCACUGCAUUUGUGGGAACUGCUCGAGGGCAGAAACAAGGCUGUGGCAGGGACCACAUACAAGGCUCUGAAGGAGACUUUGGACAAAAUACUGCUGAGUGGUUACUUUGACAGAGCACAAACUCAUCAAAAUGGGACAUGUGAGGAGGAAGAGGAACCAGAGGAGCAGACCGUGGUGGAUGAUUCUAAGGCUGGAGAACAGCAGCCAUCAGAACCUGAAGGACCAGCUACUGGUAAAUAUGCAGAGCCAAUACAGGUGGAAAGCACAGAGUUUGUAAACAGACAGUUUAUUCCAGAACCCACAUACAGCAGUACAGACAACAACCAAAUGGAGGAGUGGACAGUGGAGGCUCAGAUGGUCAGCGUCCUCCAGCACCAGCCUCCUGCUCAACUGGCUCCAGAGCCAAGCGUUGCUAUAAACCAUGUCAGUCCCUCUCCUACUGCUGAUCCAGUGGUCAGAAAGCAGGCGGUUCAAGACCUCAUGGCACAGAUGCAGGGGACAUACAACUUCAUGCAGGACUCUAUGUUGGAAUUUGAUGGCCAGGCUCUGGAUCCAGCCAUAGUUUCUGCUCAGCCAAUGAAACCUGUGCAAAGUGUUGACCUGCAGCAGAUGGGCUGCGCUUCAACACACUCAGAGUCCAGACUUCCUCAACCGAGCGCAGUGUCUGGACCACAGGAAUCCUCACAAGCCUCCAUGUCUUUGUCGUCUGAGCAUUCCCCUGCUCCAUGUUCCCUGUCCUCUGCCUUCCCACCUGUCUCCAAACCCACUCACACUGGAGGCAUCAACGUCAACGCCGCACCCUUCCAGUCAGUGCAAGCGGUAUUCAAUAUGAAUGCACCUGUACCCCCAGCCACGGAUGGCCAGACAGACCCUUUGAAGCAGCACAGCCAGUUCCCUGGUGGCUACGGACAGGGCUAUCCUAGCCAGUCAGAGAGUACGGUCGAACAGCCAGACAUCCCACAGGAGAUGUUACAGUCUGUUGUUAGUGGGUUCCAGACCCAAGAGCAAGUAAUGCCCUCAGCAGGUGGUCACGAAGAUUCCUCUUCAGGUUCAGGGUUUGGACAGUCAGGCCAAUCCUACUACAACAGCAGGUCUGUGCCCAGGAGUGGACCCAGGAACGCCCGUGGCAUGAUUAACGGUUAUCGAGGCUCUUCCAAUGGAUUUAGAGGUGGAUAUGAAGGUUAUCGCCCACCUUUUUCAAAUCCUGCCAACAGUGGUUAUGGUCAAACUCAAUUUAACACAUCCCGGGACUAUUCCAGUAGCACCUACCAGCAGUUAAAGGAGGGUUUUCAGCAGGGCUACAAACGAGGAGCUGGCCAAGGUCCCCGAGGUUUGUCCCGAGGGAAUGCUCAAGCAAUGCGAUCCUAAAAGUAUAUAAGGACCAUUAAGUUUCGCCACGUUGAACAUUCAGGAUUUUUGAAUGUGUUCGCCCCAGCUCACUUUUAUAACGUUUUCUUUAUCAUCUGUGACUUUAUUUUCUUAACUCCUCUCCUACUACCAGUCAUUCUGCUUUGGUCAGUCCAGAUCCUUGUAUUGUUUUAACACAAAAUGCUGAAUUUCACCAUGUAGGAUUAUCAGCAAGCCUGUGAUGUAAAACAGAUAUUCCUGUAAACUUGAAAGAUUUCAUUAAUUUAUUUUUUUGUACAAAAUAAAUGUAAACGAUACCCUGCCACUGUUGAUCUGAUUCAAUCAGGAUGACUUCUUUCUGCCCUGUGCUGUCACUUUUCUAUUUGAUCUUCUCAUUCAUAAAGGCAUUUAAUGUUUUUAGUUUCUUUUUUUACCCCAUCACCUCUUGCGCUAUGACUUAUUUGUACACUGUUGAGACUGUUUCAAUAAAGUGUUAUUACUUUCUGUUUAACAAUA